AUGGCGUCAAAUCAAGCUGAAGAACAUGAGGGUGGUGAGACAGCAGCAAACGGGCAGGGCCACCUUUUCAAGGGGAUGUCAUUUUGGCUAUCCCAUAAUGUCCCUCAGAGGAGUAGAUUCAAGGAGCUCAUACAGCAAAACGGUGGUUUCGUAAGGCUGCAGGAAAAGGAUGCGGAUGUUCUAAUCGUGGAUCACAAGAAAAAGAAUUUGCCACCAAAUGUUUACUCUUAUCAGUUCAUUGAGAAAUCGAUUCAAAACGGCGUACUACAGGAUCUGGAGAACUACAAGGCUGGGCCAUCCUCACACCGGCCUGUAGGGGCUACCAAUAUCCCAACUAAAGGUCACAGAUUAGCCUAUACCCUAGAGGAUGACCAGAUUCUCUGGGACUACAUGCAGCCUUUUGAGAGGAACUCCACUGCCGGCAUUCAAGGAAACAAGCUCUACCAAGAUUUAGCCGCAAAGCAUCCGCGACAUACGUACCAAUCAUGGCGUGAUAGGUACAUCAAAAGAGUUCGAGGGCGUCCACGGCCCGGUGAUAUGGUAGAGCCAACCCGUAGUCGUGCUGAGAACGAGGAAGUCCGCAGAGAAGCUGGCUCUCGUGCAUCGUCAACACGUCUAGACGAUACGGUCAACAGGAGGAGCGGCACACCACAACAGACACAGGAGAAGAAGAGAAAACGAAGUCCAGGACCAACCACAACAAAUCAACACACAUACAACGGCACAAUCAGCGCACAGAAGUCAGAACCAUCACUGCAAAGAAACCCCCAGAUACGGGUACCCUCUGAGCCACUUGCUCAGAGAGAAACCUCACGCCACGAAACACCGUCUGAUCCCAAGAAGGCAAAGACCACAGCCCAGCCAAGCACAAAAGAGGCUGAACCGCCACUGCCAACCGGAACAGACGGCACUGGUAUUAAUGAUCUCUUCCUCGAACUACCUUUCUUUGAGCCAGAAUCAGAACCCGAAGAAGAAGCCCCAGAACAGGACAUCGAUACAUGGAUUGAGGAUCGCCUGCGUCGCGGGAAGGGGGACGAAGGACAGAUUAUUGAAGCUCUACAGUGCACAACUCAUGAUGACAGCUGUAUUGAUGCACAGGACAGCCGAGAGGUUCAGCAUGUUCUAGAGAAGCAUGGCUCGGAUCUAUUCGAUACUAGGUGGAAGUAUCUCGGUCUUGCAAGGGCUAAUUAA